GGCGUCACGCACUCCAUGGUAACGACGCGGCCGAAGAUGGCGGCCGAGUGGGGUGGACGAGUGUGUUACUCCGGGUCGGGCCCGGCUCCUAGCCGGUGGCGCUGGAGUGCUUCUUUGUGCGUCAGAGGAGUUUUACUACUGUUAGGCGGCCUGCCGGCAAGCACCACGUCUAUUCCCAUCUCCGUGGGCACCUCGCCGCCCUGCCGGCACCACGUCCCCUCUGACACGGAGGUUAUAAAUAAGGUUCAUCUUAAGACAAAUCAUGUUGUAAAGAGAGAUGUUGAUGAACAUUUAAGAAUUAAGACUAUCUAUGAUAAAAGUAUUGAAGAGUUGCUCCCUGAAAAAAGAUACCUUGUAAAGAACAAACUUUUCCCGCAAGCUAUUUCUUAUUUAGAGAAGACUUUUCAGGUUCGUAGACCUGCUGGCACUAUCUUACUUAGCAGACAAUGUGCAACAAACCAAUACCUGCGGAAAGAAAAUGAUCCUCAUAGAUACUGUACUGGUGAAUGUGCACCACAUACAAAGUGUGGACCAGUUAUUGUGCCUGAGGAACAUCUCCAGCAAUGUAGGGUUUGCCGAGGGGGUAAAUGGCCCUGUGGAACAGUGGGUAUGCUGGAUCAAGAGGGUGUCCGAGAUGCAGACUUUGUCCUUUAUGUUGGUGCUCUGGCUACUGAGAGAUGCCGCCAUGAAAACAUCAUCUCUUAUGCAGCCUAUUGUCAGCAGGAAGCAAAAAUGGACAGGCCAAUAGCAGGAUAUGCUAACCUGUGUCCAAAUAUGAUCUCUACCCAGCCUCAGGAGUUUAUUGGGAUGCUGUCCACAGUGAAACAUGAGAUUAUUCAUGCCCUGGGUUUCUCUGCUGGGCUUUUUGCAUUCUACCAUGAUAAAGAUGGAAACCCUCUAACUUCAAGGUUUGCAGAUGGUCUCCCGCCUUUUAAUUACAGUCUUGGAUUAUAUCAGUGGAGUGAUAAAGUAGUUCGAAAAGUGGAAAGAUCAUGGAACAUUCGAGAUAAUAAGAUAGUUCGUCACACUGUGUAUCUGCUAGUAACACCUCGUGUUGUUGAUGAAGCACGAAAACAUUUUAAUUGUCCAAUUCUAGAAGGAAUGGAACUUGAAAAUCAAGGUGGUAUGGGCACUGAACUCAACCAUUGGGAAAAACGGUUAUUAGAGAAUGAAGCAAUGACUGGUUCUCAUACCCAGAACCGAGUCCUCUCUCGAAUCACUCUGGCAUUAAUGGAGGACACUGGCUGGUAUAAAGCAAAUUACAGCAUGGCUGAGAAGUUAGACUGGGGCCGAGGAAUGGGCUGUGACUUUGUCAGGAAGAGCUGUAAGUUCUGGAUUGAUCAGCAGAGACAAAAAAGGCAGGUGCUGAGCCCGUACUGUGACACACUCAGAAGUAAUCCAUUGCAAUUAACUUGCAGACAAGACCAGAGAGCAGUUGCAGUGUGUAAUUUGCAGAAGUUUCCUAAACCUUUGCCACCAGAAUAUCAGUACUUUGAUGAACUCAGUGGAAUACCUACAGAAGAUUUGCCUUAUUAUGGUGGGUCAGUAGAAAUUGCUGACUAUUGCCCUUUCAGUCAGGAAUUCAGUUGGCACUUAAGUGGUGAAUAUCAACGCAGCUCAGAUUGUAGAAUAUUAGAAAAUCAACCAGAAAUUUUUAAAAACUAUGGUGCUGAAAAGUAUGGACCCCAUUCAGUUUGUCUAAUCCAGAAGUCGGCAUUUGUCAUGGAAAAGUGUGAGAGGAAGCUGAGUUACCCAGACUGGGGAAGUGGAUGUUAUCAGAUUUCUUGUUCUCUUCAAGGUCUAACGGUUUGGGUCCAAGAUACUUCAUAUUUAUGCAGCCGGGCUGGACAGGUCCUCCCUGUCAGUAUUCAGAUGAAUGGUUGGAUUCAUGAGGGAAACCUGCUCUGUCCAUCAUGCUGGGAUUUCUGUGAGCAGUGUCCUCCAGAGACAGAUCCCCCAGUGGCUAACCUGACUCGAGCUCUUCCACUGGAUCUCUGUUCCUGCUCCUCCAGCCUGGUGGUCACCCUCUGGCUUCUGCUAGGCAAUCUGUUUCCUCUGCUGGCUGGAUUUCUUCUCUGUGUAUGGCACUAGGAAUGGAAAAGUGAAAUUUAAAGAAAAGUGAAUUCUCAACUCCUUUAUCUCGUAUUCCUGUGAACAAAGCACAAAAUCUGGGCAAGCGUGAACCUGUGCAAAAAUGGUAGAAGUGGCAUUCCUGACUUUGGCUUGGGCCUGUUGACUACGAUGGACCUUGAAGCAAAACUUCACAGCAGUCGCUCCUCAUCAACUACCCAGCCACCUCAAAGAUUGGAGAAGGAGAAGGAAUUACAAGUCACCACAUCUUGUACUUCAAGAUACAUAAUCUCCCUGAAGUUUUCUUUUGAAAACAGGAUAAUUGGUGAAAUUCCCAGAGUGAUUACAUACCUCAGCAUUUUCAUUAGCCUAAUUGAUAAGCAAGUUCAUCAUGGACACCACAGUAACAUAUAAUAGCCAAUUAUUACAAAAUUGUAAGUUGUGGAUCUUGCCCUCAGAAGUAUCAGUUGCCCUUUAAUUUACAGAAAAUAAUGAAUUAAAAUUUCUAUAUCACUAUUACACUUAUUUUAAAUUUGAUGGCUGUACGUGUAGUAUACUUUUAUUUGCCUUAGUUUAGUUUGAUUUGAUUUUGGUUUCAAGACAGGGUCUCAGUAUAUUGCCCAGGCUGGCUUUUAGCUGGCAAUCUUCCUGCCUCAACUUCCCAAGUAGCUGGGAUAGAGGCUUGUGCCAUCAUGCCCCACUUGUCCAUAGUACAUUUGUAUCAUUGUUCUCAUUGUUUGUCCUGAAGAGUUUUAAACUGUUUUACUAAGUCUUGUGAUUUCAUUCCGCUUGCCUUUUUUGCCAGCUGUGUAGCAGUCUACUACUGAACUGUUAUCAGUGUAUCGUUAACCCUGUCUACUCACCGAUCUUCAGUGCUCAGCUUCCAUUUCAUUGUCCAUUAACUUAAUAAUGACUCCAAAAAAUGUGGAAGCAGAGAGAGUAAAAUACACUGCCCUGCAAAAACGUUGAAGAUGUGCAACCAGAAGAAAAAAUUGUUGUACAUUUUUCAGGUAUUAGUUAUGACAACUGUAAUCCAAUGAAGCAAAACCAUUUAUUUUAUCCCUUUUGAACAAUGUAGAUGAAAGGAAAUUGUGUUAUAAACCUGUAUGUGGUUAUUUUCAGUGGACUAAAAUUGUUCGGGAAGAAUUUAGAAUACCUGAAAAAUUUUUUAUGAAUAAGAUGAAAACUGUAUCUUUUACCUCCUGCUUUUGAUAACUCUCUUACCACAUGGAUUUUGUGAAAUAAUUCUACUGUGGUACCAGAGCACCAACCCCAUUUAGCGAUUCCUCUUUGAAAUUUCUUUAAUGAGAGGCGAUGCCCGGUUUUUCUCUCUAAAGCUAAUAAGUUCUGUAGCAUUAAAAAUUCAACCCUUGAAGGAAGCUUGUUUAGAAAUUGUGCUAAAUGAGCAAAGCAGCAUAGCUACUGUUUUGGCAGUCCCAUAUAAAGGAAAGUUACUUUUUGAAAUACAUAAAUCUAAAGUAUAUGUUUGCAUGAGAUAUAAAUUGGAGGUAUUUGUGGUAUUUGUCAUUGUGAAAACUGGGGCCCCAAACAUAGUUAAUUUUAGUUUAAGAGAAAGAGUGGUCUGCUGGACAACACUCAGUAUUAUACAUCCAUUAAAUUAUGCAAGGUGAGAGAUAAGUAGAGUAUAUUUUUAAAUAAAUGUAUAAUUAUCUAAACUUACAUACCUAUUAUGAUUAUGUAUCACCCCACAAAGUUGUAUAAAGAACUUCACCAAAAAAUCAAAUGGAUUAAUAAUAUAUUUGAGAUUCACAGUGCUAGGUUUGACUAUAUUUUGACUGUUGUGCAGUAAUGCCAUUAGGUAGUAUUGUUUCCAAGCAUGGUGCUUUUUAUACUUGAAAUAUAUCUUUGCUUUAUUUUUUGAUAUAAUUAUAUUUGCACUGAUGACUUUAUGAAGAAAAUAUUAUGGAUGACAUUUUUUGUAUAUAUAUUUAUUAAGCUUGGAAUCUGGUGGCCCAGUGUUUUCUCUGCACAAACAUGAAAUGUGAUGGAGUAUGAGAUUAAGAAAUUGUGAGUUCCUGAAGGUUACUAACUGUAUUGAUGUCUCCCUUUCUCUUCAGUAAAGCUUAAUCAAGGUUGUUUAUAACUGAUUCUGCAUAGUGUACUUAGCAAGACUUAGAAGGACACUGAUCCUGUAAGAAAUUUUAAGAGAGACAUUUUAGUCUCUUAGAAUAUGACAAUUUUGAAGCAAAAACUUUUAAAAUCUGAGACAAUGCAGAAAUAUUAGUCUAAAAUUCAGCUGUGAACUGAAGAAUUUGAAAUUGCAUACAUGCUGGUAUUCUGUGGUGGUUAGGCCCUUCAUGUUAGGAAAAACAAAACCAGUUCCCUCUGUCAGAGAGAUGGAGUGGGCUGCAGCUGGGGUAGAAGUUAAGUGGAGCAGGGAAGAAGAAUGCAGAGCUGCUAAUUUGGGGACAAUGAACUAGAGUCCCCUCCCAAUUCAAAAAAGGUCAAGUGCUUAUAAAAAUUGACUACCUCGGUUUUCAGUUCAAACUUAGAUUCAUUUUGAUUGUUUUAAGGUCCCAGUUAUCAAAAAUAUCAUAAGAAUUUGUCUCAGGUUUUGAAGACCAGAAUUUCAGGAAGGAAAUAAAAGCCAUGUCAGUAGCCUUGAGCUGACAGCUUUAAAGAAACUGGCAAGCAGUUAGGUAGUCAUAAUGUAGUUCUCUCUGGUAUUUUCUCAGAAAACAUUCUUUUUCCUUGCUUUUUUCUUAAAAUCGGCAAACCUUACCUUUUUCCUAUAAGAUAUUUAUUUUUGUUAAGACCAAAUGGAUAUUCUAAAAAUGUUAAAAUAUGGUUAACAUAAGUUUUCAGUGUAUUUUGGCUUAGUUUAUCAAUAUUUAAAGUUGAAACCUAAUUUUUCGAUGUUUAAAUAGUUUUAGGAAGAUACAUAAAUAGAUAUUAUCAGAGUAUUCCAUAAAAUUUUAUUGAUGUGCUUUUCAGUGUGAGAAGACUUACUGUUUGAGGCCAUCUAAAAAACAAUUAGAUGAUUUCUCAGAAUCUUUCCAGCUGUAAUAUUCUAUGACUAAUUCUCAGCCACAUUGCUUGUCACCACUGGCUCUGAUCCACCUCCUGGAGUGUGCAGCCUUCAUGUUGUGCUCAUCACAGAGUCUUUGCUCAAUGCCUUACUGCUGUCCAUGUCUUUGGACACCUGUUGGACAGAGAAGAAUCUGUCUCUGAGGGCAGUUGAGUGACAAUCCCCAAAGAAGGAGACGGACUUAAGUCACAGCCCCACAGCCCUAUUUCAUAAUGGACACUGGUCAUUCCCACCAUGACCUUGCAGUCCAGGAGGAUGAACAUAUUUUGAUAGUCUAUAGUUUUCAUUCUGAAGAGAGAACUUUCUGAAAAGAAGGAAUUUUUUUUUAAUGUAUAUUGGGUCGGGGGGAGGGAAGGUAGUGUUGAAUUAUUUACUUUUAUGUUUAUACUUUUAAUAAGUAAAAUAGAAGAUUUGAAAAUUAUUCCUUAUUUAUAGUAAUGAACCUUAAGUGUAAUAUAUUCCUUAGAAAAAAACCAAUUUUAAUAAAAAAUGGAAACUAA